UUCUCUCCUUAUUUAUUUUAUCUAAUACUAGUAUUAAAUUAAGCCUUCAAAUAACGCUCUUCGAUCAGUAUAUUGUCUCUAUAUUGUAGCAAUUCAAACUCAUUAUUCAGUGCAUUUUCAGCUUUGUUUCGCUUGAGAGGCCGGGAAAGAGUAGGUUAAUUGAGUUUGAGAUUUUCAGCGACUGCGAUAAAUGGAAGCUUCACAGAGAAGAGGCGGCGGCGGAAUGGUGCCUAUAUCACCGUCGCAAACACCUCGGUCCAGCGAUAGGGUGGUGAGAGAUCCGCGAUCGGGAGAGGGGAAUUUCAGCGGAAAGCACGAUAAGGAUAGAGGCGUCAAUGUACAGGUCAUUGUGCGAUGCAGGCCUUUGAGUGAGGAUGAGGCUAGAUUCCAUACACCUGUGGUGAUUUCUUGCAAUGACAGCAGAAGAGAAGUUUGUGCAGUUCAGAGUAUUGCAAAUAAGCAAAUUGAUAGGACUUUCCUAUUUGACAAGGUCUUUGGUCCAUCAUCCCAGCAAAAGGAUUUGUACGAUCAAGCAGUAUGCCCCAUAGUAUUUGAAGUUCUAGAAGGCUACACUUCUACCAUCUUUGCCUACGGGCAAACUGGAACAGGGAAGACCUACACUAUGGAGGGUGGGUCAAGAAAAAAGAAUGGUGAUAUCCCAAGUGAUGCUGGGGUUAUUCCAAGAGCCGUUAGACAAAUUUUUGAUAUAUUAGAAGCUCAAAAUGCUGAGUACAGCUUGAAGGUCACAUUCUUAGAACUUUACAAUGAGGAAAUAACAGAUCUUUUGGCGCCAGAAGAAUGUUCGAAAUUCAUAGAAGACAAAUCAAAGAAACCGAUAGCUCUCAUGGAGGAUGGAAAAGGGGGAGUUUUUGUUAGGGGAUUGGAAGAGGAGAUUGUGACAACAGCUGAUGAAAUAUAUAAGAUCUUAGAGAAAGGUUCUGCCAAGAGGAGAACGGCAGAGACCCUUCUCAACAAACAGAGCAGCCGUUCGCACUCUGUAUUUUCUAUCACUAUUCAUAUCAAGGAGUGUACUCCAGAAGGAGAGGAGAUGAUCAAAUGUGGGAAGCUAAACUUAGUCGACCUGGCUGGCUCGGAAAAUAUUUCACGUUCCGGUGCAAGAGAGGGAAGAGCAAGGGAAGCAGGUGAGAUAAACAAAAGCUUGCUGACACUUGGUCGCGUCAUAAAUGCCUUGGUUGAACAUUCUGGUCAUAUACCCUACAGAGAUAGCAAGUUAACGAGGUUGCUGAGAGAUUCUUUGGGAGGGAAAACAAAGACUUGUAUAAUUGCUACGAUAUCACCUUCCAUCCACUGUUUAGAAGAGACACUCAGUACUUUAGAUUAUGCUCAUCGUGCCAAAAACAUAAAGAACAAACCUGAGGUCAAUCAGAAGAUGAUGAAGUCAGCUCUGAUCAAGGAUUUAUACUUUGAGAUUGAUCGACUAAAACAAGAGGUGCAUGCUGCAAGAGAGAAAAAUGGAAUCUAUGUUCCAAAAGAUCGUUAUCUCCAGGAUGAGGCAGAGAAAAAGGUGAUGUUAGAGAAGAUAGAGCAUAUGGAAAUUGACAUAGAGACCAAGGAUAAGAAACUAUUGGAGCUCCAGGACUUAUAUAGUUCUGAGCAGCAAUUGGCUGUUCAGCUGAGCGACAAACUUGAGAUAUCUGAGAAAAGGCUACGGGAAACUGAAUGUGCAUUGCUUGAUCUCGAAGAAAGACACAGGCAGGCAAAUGCAACAAUAAAAGAAAAGGACUACCUGAUAUCGAACCUGCUUAAGUCUGAGAAAGCACUCACUGAGCACGCACUAGGCCUCCGAGAGGAACUAGAAACUGCUGCAUCAGAUGUGUCUAAUUUGUUCGCCAAGAUUGAGAGGAAGGAUAAAAUUGAAGACAACAAUCGAGUGCUUAUACAGAAAUUCCAAUCCGAAUUGGCUCAGCAGCUUGAGAUCUUACAUAAGGCGGUAGCAUCUGCCACCACGCAACAAGAACACCACCUUAAAGAAAUGGAAGAAGAUAUGCAUUUGUUUGUAUCUUCAAAGAUAGAGGCUACUGAACAACUUCAAGAUCAUCUAGAGAAAUUGAAAACCAUGUAUGGCUUGGGAAUCAAGGCUUUAGAAGAUUUAGCUAGAGAACUUGAUGGUAACUCUCGAUCGAUAUUUGCUGACCUGAAUACUGAAGUUUCCAAGCAUUCUUCAGACUUAGAAAAGCUUUUCAAAGGGAUUGUUACUGAGGCAAAUAAUGUACUUCAUGACCUUCAAGAAAGUUUACAUAUUCAGGAGACUAAAUUGACUACCUAUGCGCAACAGCAACAUGAGGCUCAUUGCAGAGCUGUCGAAACAACAAGGUCAAUAUCCCAGAUUACAGUAAACUUCUUCAAGACUGUAGAUGGACAUGCAUCAAAACUAGGUGAAAUUGUGGAAGAAUCACAGACAGUUACUGAUCACAAGUUAUCUGAUCUCGAAAAGAAGUUUGAGGAGUGUGCUGCGAUGGAAGAGAGACAACUACUCACAGAAAUGGCAGAACUGCUAGCAGGAUCAAAUGCUAGGAAGAAGAAAUUAAUACAAGGUGCAAUCAAUGAACUCCGGGAGAGUGCGGCCAGUAGAACUAACAAAUUACAGCAAGAGAUGUCAAUCAUGCAAAGCUCAACUUCUUCUAUCAAAGCAGAAUGGACAAGCUACUCAGAGAGAGCUGAAUCUCAUUAUCUCAAGAAUACAGAUUUAGUGGAGAGAGGGAAAAAAGAGAUGAAAGAUGUUAUCCAGAAGGGGUUGAAUCAAGCUAAAUUAAGUGCACAGCAAUGGAGAAAUGCCCGGGACUCCCUUCUGGAUCAACAGAAGAGCAAUGUCAUUUCAGUUCAUGAGAUUGUUAGGGGAGGAAUGGAUAUGGUUGAAGAAUUGCGUGGCAGGUACUCAUGUGCUGUGAGUUCGGCACUGGAAGAUGCAGAAGUAGGAAGCAAGAACAUGCUCUCAUCCAUUGAUUGUUCAUUACAACUUGAUCGUGAGGCAUGUGAGACUCUCGACUCGAUUAUCAACCCAUGUUGUGAUGAGUUGAGGCAACUGAAUAGCGGACACCAUCACAAGAUUGCGGAAAUCACUCAAAAUGCAGGAAAAUGCCUCCUAGAAGAUUACAAGAUGGAUCUGCCCUCGUGCUCGACACCAAGAAGGAGAUCGAUGAAGGUUCCAAGCAUCGCGUUCAUCGAGAAUCUCAAGACCACUUGUUUGGAGAUGUCCAAGCAAGCGAAUGGUGACGUAAAGCAUGUUGCUGCUCGCCUUCCCUUCACAGCCAUCAACUAAAUGUAGCAAUUGAGAUUGUACAAAAUGGCAACAUACUAAACAAAAAAUUUCAGUUGUCUGAACUUUUUUGUAAUGGCAACUUUCUUCGUGAUUUGAUGCUGGAUUUAUUGAUCCCGCGCCGCGACAUUGCUUGAAAAUUUUACAAAGUGAA